CAACUUAUACUGAGUAAUUAUGUUUAAUAUGCAAUAUUUAAUUUCGUAUCUGCUUCAUCAAAGUGCAAAAUGCCUCACCGUGUUUAUUUACCGUAAGAAAUGCGACCAGCUGUUUGCCAAGGUUGAUUUAUAGAUAUGAAUCUGCUAUAAAAAGUGGAAAUUAAUGUCCUCAUUUCCAGUUUUACUUUUCAUCUAGCUUAAAUUAUCAAUUAUGCUGUCAUUCAUCUGUUUGGUGGUUGGCGUUCUUGCGCAGCAGACGUUCGCUGAAGAACCCGAAGCGAUCGUCGGUGGUCAGAUCGUCAACCCAGGCGAAUUCCCGCACCAAGUUUCCCUGAGAUAUAACGGCAAUCACGUUUGCGGCGGUUCCAUCAUCGGUCCGGAAAAGAUUCUGACUGCUGCACAUUGCGUAACCUUUGCAAAACCACCCUACAAAGAUUUUAAAGUUGCCACUGGGUCCGUCUUAAUCUAUGGAGGAGAAUACCAUGACAUCGAAAAAAUUAUCGUGCAUCCGCAAUACUCUGACAAAUAUGAAGAUGCUUGGAAAAAUGACAUCGCAGUGAUCAAGCUCGCAUCGCCGAUUCAAUAUAAUCAAUUCCAAAAACCGAUCUCCCUCGCCAAGUCUAAACCUUUCUCCGGACAGAUGUGUACCUUAUCAGGAUGGGGUAGGAUAAGCACGAACGGACCGCUCCCCAGCAUACUUCAAAAGAUGGUUCAGAUUGUGGUUUCACAGAGCCAAUGUCAGAAAGAUCACCCUGAUGUGCCCUUGACCGCCACUCACUUAUGCACGCUCAAUCGUUCGGGAAUUGGCGCUUGCCAGGGUGACAGCGGUGGCCCGCUCAUUAGUAACGGUGUACAGAUUGGUAUUACCUCCUGGGUUGCUCCUUGCGCUCAGGGUUAUUCUGACGUCUACACUGAUGUUUGGUAUCCCAUUAUCGUAGACAUUUUCAGUGAGAAAGAAGCGGAAUGUGAGAUUCAAGAUGCUCCUUCUGCAAAUCAUUCGAGGAAAGAACUUGAUGAAUUUGAUUUAAUUUACGGUAGAAAAUUAUGCUCCCCGAUACUUGGUUACAAUUGUCAACUUCCUGAUUUACCAACAAGUUCCAUACCAUCCACAACCCUAGAUACAUCUCUGUUGCAUAUUCCCAUUUACGCCCAUUUAAAGAUAUAUAGUCUGGAGCCUGUACGCCUACCAGAGCCACCAUCGAUUUUAUCAUCGUUGCAACUGCAAUUUUCGGAAGGUACCAUACUCAGUAAAUCUUCAAGAGAAAUAUCGUUGACAGCACGAUUAAGCGAGGAAAACGGUAUAUUCGCUUCGUGCAGUGCUCGAAACAGUAAAAAAUUACGAAUGCUAAACAAAGAAUAGAAAUGUAGGCUUAAGUAUCAGUAUAAACGAAAAAUAUAUUCCGAUAUAAAGAA